AUGCGAAUAAGAAUCAUUCAAAGAUCUAACUGGCUCAAGUAUCGCGGCAUUAUCCUCGCCAUAGCAGCUUUCUUCCUCGUGUCCUCGGUCCUCCGUGUCAGCCGUGCCAAGUCCAGCCUUCCAUAUGUCAAGCCGAGUCUUCCAGUCCUCAAGCCGAGCCUCCCAGUACUGCACAAUGGAUCCAAGUUGAAGGAGAACGUGCGAAUCGCCAAAGCGUCGAUGCUGUACGGGGCUCAGAACGAAAUCCUGGAAGGCGCAAUGCAAACCCACAGACUCCACAACACGAACUACGGCUAUGAGAUGCACGUCCUGAGGCAGAGUAUUACCAACGGAUAUUGGAACAAGUUCGCCUAUCUGUUCACGCUGGUGGCGAAGGAGUUGUCGAAGCCCGAAGAGGAAAGGAUUGAAUGGAUCAUGUACUUUGAUGCCAACAACAUCUUUCUCAACCCGCUGAUCCCACUCUCCAUAUUCCUGCCGCCGCCUGAUUUCGCGGACGUUAAUAUGCUCGUCGCCAACCACCCCUACGGCCUCAGCAGCUCGGUCUUCUUUCUCAGGGUCUGCCCUUGGUCCCUCAAACUUCUGGUCGCAGUAAUGGGAUUGCCAAUGUUCGACUCCGGCAUUGAUUCUGUCGUAGCUAUGGAUCUAGCUUGGGAUCGCGUCUCGCUCGCCAAAGUUCUAGAUCGGCCUGAAUUCCGCUCAAAGGUCUUGUAUCAGCCCAACAUCUGGUACAAUGCGGCCAUGUCUAUCAAUGGAUCCUCGAUCACCAAACCCGGCCUCUUGCUCCUGCAGUUUCAUAUCUCUCUGGAAGGCAACCGGUGGUCGAGCAUGAAGGAUGUUCUGGACGAGUUGGCGACUGAUGCAACGAAGUUCGCCAUGGAGCUGGAAGAUACAACAUACCCAACAGCUAUUGAAGGCUACUGGAAUCGCGUCAGUAUAACAAGACGUAGGCUACGAGAGGCGGAGCAGGAGGCAGAGUACAUGGGCGAGAACGCAUCUGCGGAGCUGAAGAACGCAAUUGAGACCUUCCGGAAAGGCCUUGCUGUUGCGGUCGCAGAUGAGGACGAUCUGAAUCAGGCGAUUAGUCGCUUGAGAGAGGCUCUACGCAGCGACGGUGAUGAGUGACUGGUCUCGGUACCUGUACGCUCUAGGCGUCAUUUGUUGGACAUGGCCUUGAUGGUGCUGGGAGACGCCAUGGGUCCUUACAACGGUAAUUAUACUCGAAUCGAGGCCCUCAAUGUGCUUGCCACGGCGUUUCAGGACAUUUUCUCGGGUGUAUGCUUCAUGUGUUCUUGAUCAAUUCAAAGCUGUGACCGAUGUCGGCGUACAUGUGGCUGUCGCCGUCUGAGGAUAUUCAACAUGUUUUUAAGAUGCUGAAACGAAAUGCAUAUGGGAUCCUUUUGACCGACCUGUAAACUCGCCAGGCCAUCCCAAACGAUUAAGG